AUGGCACAGGAGAAAAAGGACAAAAAGCGCAAGGAUGCCCCGACCGCGACCGCCGCGGUGGCCGACCCUCCAGCUAAAAAGUCGAAGAAGGUCGCUGCAACUAUGCCCGCUAAGACUUCCGAAGAGCCUCCCAAGUCGAUUCUGAAGAAGAAGAAGGAUACCACUGAAGAAGCGACCAAUGGCACAGAGACCUCCACGAAGUCGUUGAAGGUGGACAGCGAACCCGCACGGAAAGUGAAGCCGCGCAAACGGGCAGCGGACUUCCUAAGCGACGACGAGGAUUCUGAUGUUGAGAUCCAAACCGAGCCUUCGAAGCCUAGCAAGAAGCAGUCGAAGAAAUCCGAGGAGGAGCAGGCACCUGCUAAAGCGAAAGAGUCGAAGGACAAGAGCAAGAAGAAUGGUGUAGACGCAAAAGCGAAAAAGCACGAGGCUAUUUCUGAAGAGUCCGACGAUGCAUCAGACUCGAAGGCCGACUCGGAGUCUGAUGAAGGCGAGGACGACCGGACGGCCGAACUUAUCAAAGGCUUCGAGAGCAGCGGGGAUGAGGAAGACCCCUCCGAGGACGAAGGGUUCGACCCGAACCAUCCUGUUCCACGGAUUCCUGAUUCGAAGAAGACAAAACGGAAGAUCAUAAAGAAACAAAAGAAGAAUGAUGAUGUCGAGCAACCUGGUACUAUCUACGUCGGACGUAUUCCGCACGGCUUCUACGAGCACCAGAUGCGCGCUUACUUCUCUCAAUUCGGUGACAUCACCCGUCUCCGUCUCUCUCGCAACCGUGUCACCGGCCGUUCGAAGCACUAUGCCUUUAUAGAAUUCGCCUCGGCUUCCGUCGCGAAGAUUGUUGCGGAGACCAUGGAUAACUACCUGAUGUACGGACAUAUCCUUAAAUGCAAGUUCGUUCCUCAGGAGCAACUGCACCCGGAGAUCUGGAAGGGCGCCAACCGGCGGUUCAAGCGGACGCCUUGGAAUCGGAUCGAGAAGCAGCGUCUCGAAAGGGGCAAGACUCGAGAGAAAUGGGCCCAGAAGAUCGAGCAGGAGGAGAAGAGAAGACGUGCCAAGGCAGAGAAGCUGAAGGCGCUGGGAUACGAGUUUGAGAUGCCGGCGUUGAAAUCCGUGGACGAGGUCCCUGUUCAGGGGAAGGACGCACCCAAAGCUAUCGAAGAGCCGACCGCUGAGCCUGUCGCGAACGGCACCGAAAAGGAGUCCGUGAAGGCCUUGGAGGCACCAUCCACCAAUAAUGCGGACAAGCAGGCUGGUGAUGAUGAUACCCCAAAGAAGUCGUCGAAGCAGGACAAGAAAGAGAAGAACAAGGAAAAAAGGCUGCCUCGAGCGUAA